AUGGGAGUUAAUCUAUUAGUUUUUGGGUGGUUGGAUUAUACUAUAUUUGGUGUGCUUCUCAGUGUAAGUCUACUCAUUGGCAUUUAUUUUGGGCUCUUCAGUAAGCAAGAUAGUACAUCUGAGUAUUUAUUUGGAGGAAAAACUAUGCAUUAUAUACCCGUAGCUGCAAGUAUUUUGUCCAGUUUCUUAUCAGGUAUAACAUAUUUAGGUGUCCCAACUGAAGUAUAUUUGCAUGGGAGUCAAUAUAUUAUAACUGUUUUCUCGUCACUGGCUAUUGGAGCAGUUGCAGCCUACUUGAUAUUACCCGUUUUUUAUAAUCUUCGAUUAUCUAGCUGUUAUGAAUAUUUGGAGUUAAGAUUUUCAAAGAAUGUACGAAAUUUUACUUCAAUUCUUUACAUUGCCCAGCUUCUAUGGUAUAUUCCUGUUGUAAUCUACGUGCCAGCGCUAGCAUUUUCUCAAGUCACUGGUUAUAAUUUACAUGUAAUAACUCCGAUUUUAAGUAUAGUUUGUAUUAUUUAUACUAGUAUGGGUGGAGUUAAAGCAGUUGUAUGGACAGAUACGAUACAAUUUAUAUUUACUAUUGGAGGCUUGACAACUGUACUAAUAUUAGGAGUUAUCUCGAUUCAUGGCUUUUCUGAAAUCUGGAGGAUCGCUGAUGAAGGAGGACGGAUCAAAAUUUUUGACAUGGAUCCGAAUCCCUUCAAACGAGAUUCAUUUUGGAUAAUAAUUGUAGGAACGACAUUUGGAUUUUUAACUCGAUUUGCAUUUGGUCAAAAAUUUGUACAGCGAUAUCUAGCAAUUGAAAAGGAAUCUGAAAUGAAAAAAGCAAUAUUUUUAACAACUAUAGGUUGGGGCAUUUUACAAACUGCCUGCAUUUUCCUGGGCCUAAUUAUGUAUGCCCAUUAUCACGGUUGUGACCCAUUAAAAGCUAAGAUUAUCAAAGAAAGUGAUCAAACGUUACCUUACUACGUAAUGGAUGUGUCUGGACAUUUGUUUGGCCUUCCAGGUAUUUUUAUUGCCGGUCUUGUAAGUUCGGCAUUAUCUACAAUGAGUGCUAGUUUAAACACACUAUCAGGUCUGAUUUAUAGUACUUUUGUCGAUAAGUGGAUACCGGAAAAUCACAAAAAAGAUUCUACAGCUGCAAAUGUAAUGAAAGUAUUAUCAAUUAUUAUAGGCGCCAUCACUAUUGGCUUAAUUUUUAUUAUUGAACGUUUGGGCACAGUAUUUGAAAUGGCUAUGUCACUUUUCAGUGCUGUAGAAGGUGUAAUUUUAGGUUUAUUUUUGUCAGGCUUAUUUAUUCCUGGCAUUGGCAAAAGAGGUGCCAUUUUUGGUGGUUGCUUUAGCUUUUUAUCUAUGACAUGGUUCGUUAGUAUGACACGAUGGUACAUCUUAAAUGGAAGAAUAAGAUACUCAAAUCUUCCAACGUCUACGGAAAUCUGCCCAUAUCCCCUUAAUGAAACUGAACUAAGCAAUAUGACAAUUUCAUCUUCAAUAUCAGUUGAGGAUGAGCCAUUUAUUAUUUUUCAUAUUUCUCUGUAUUAUUAUACGUUUAUAGGUGGAAUAAUAACUAUUGCCAUUGGUCUUAUUACAAGUUAUUUUAGUGGAGAAAUGAAUACAUCAAGAGUAAAUCCUGAUCAUUUUUCCCCGAUCAUACGAAGGUUAUUGCCGCAAGAUAAAAUAUACGUAGGAGUUCCAAUUGAAGUCAUUAAAAAAAAGUCUGAUAUCAGGAUAAAAACUAGACAAUUUAAUUGAUGUGAAGAAUAUUGCGUUGCACAAGGUGACUCAAGUCUUUGCUUAAUUUAACACCAGCUUAUUUGAUUAUUGAAGUUUAUAAUAUGGA